AUGUUUUGGCGGAAUACACAUGUAGUUCUUUUCGGUGUUGCCUCCGCCGCAGCUGCGCAUCUGCCUCCGAGGCCCGCCGACGCAGUUCGAGACAUUGCACCGCGGCAGACGGACAGCACUCUGUCCCAGCUUCUGGACUUUGCCAACGACCUGGGCCUGACGGCCUGCAUCCCCCAAGCUCUCCCGCUGGCCGCGGAGCUGCCCACCAUACCCUCGGGCCUCCUCAACAAUGACCUCUUUUCUCAGGCCCUGAGCCAGACCACGCUCGCUCUUUCAGACGUGUGUCAGUUCUCCAUCACCGGCUCAGACGGGCCAAAGUUCACCUCGUUCCUGCCCGAGGUCUACAGCUGGUACGACGAGCACUCGUCGCAGGUCGCGAGCAUAGUGUCGGGCUGCCCGUCCGCCAGCCCCCUGGUGCAGACGGUCGAGGCGUACGGAGCCUGCAGCCAGGUGACGGGCGGCGCCCAGCUCCCGGCCAGCAUCACGUCCCCCGGCGACCUGUCGUCGUCUGGCUCCGACGCCCUGUCCAUCCAGACCGACACGGAGACCUUUUCCAUUGAGACGGACACGGUCAUUAGCGACUCGACUCUCUCCAUUACGGAGCCUACUGCAUCUGCGACUACGGAGAGCGACACGACGUCUUCUGGGAGCGCCUCGGCUACCGAGACUGCGACGGAGAGCUCGUCAAGCAGCUCGGUUUCUCAGGCGCAGGCGCCACGUGAGACUGGUUUUGUCGUUGCAGCUGCAGCUAUGGCCGGAUUCAUAGGUGCUGUUGCAGCAAUGUGA